UUGGAGACCGUAAACACAUAAUAUUAUUGUUUCAGAAAAUGGGUAUUUAAAUGCUGAUAAGUCCUUUGUCAUGAGAGAAAAAAGAUUUAUAGAUCUUUGAAUAUAUUCAUCUUUACAAUGGGUGAUGAAGCGACCCAGAAAGAAGUCCUCAAUGGAAGUUAUGGGGACCUUCCAGAAAUGGAGAACACGGUUGUUCGUGUGUUCUUCAGUUCAACUUUCACUGACAUGACAGUAGAUAGGAAUUACUUGAUGAAGAACAGUGUACCAAGAAUACGUCAAUACUGCUUGAAGAAAAAUUUAGAUUUUCAGAUCAUUGAUUAUCGCUGGGGAGUAAGAGAUGAAGCUUCUAUUGACCACAGUACCAAUGAUAUAGUUUUGGAAGAAGUAGAGAUCUGUAAGCUAAUGUCUAGAGGACCAUACUUUGUUUUAUUUCUUGGUGACAAGUAUGGUUAUAGAUCAAUACCAAGAGAGAUUGAAGCCAAUGAGUAUAAGAUUCUGUAUCGUACAGCAAUGAAGGUGGGCUGCGACACAUUUCUGAUGAAUCAGUGGUACAAACGUGAUGACAAUGCUGAACCUGCUGUGUUUUAUCUUCUACCAAUCACCGACGUCCUUCCAAAUUAUAAUAAUGAUGAUCCAAAGAAAUCCACAGAGAGAGAAAAGGAAAGAAGGGAAUGGGAUAACAUAAUUGAGAAAUUGACCCAGUAUCUAAGGAAAGCUGCAGAUCAGGCGUAUGAAGAAAACCGUAUAUCUAAAGAUCAAAGAUUGAAGUAUUUUUAUUCAGUGACUGAGGCAGAGGCAACUAAAGGCAUUAUAGAAAGUGAUUCCAUCAGAAACAGGGUGCUUGCUUACAUCAGAAAUUUUGAGGAUAUAAAUGUAGAAGACAAGAUUGCAAAAAGAUUUAUUGACUUAGUAAAAGACAGCACUGCGAUAGACCAAGAGGCUAAAGAUUUAAGAGAACGUCUUAAAAUAGCAAAAAUACAACCUGUCCUUCUUCCAGAUGAGACUAAGAAGGACACAUUGUAUUGGACUCCAAAUGGAGUGGACCCUGAGGAUCCUGAUCAUAUGGAAUACCUCAUCAAUAUGGGGAAGCAUUUUGAGGAAAACAUGAUAAAAAUGGUAGAUUAUACUCUGAAAAAGAAAGUUGGUAACAGGGAAGAUGAUGAAUUGUAUGAAGAAGUUCUUCAUCAUUUACAUUUUGGACAGAAAAGAUUAGAAAGUUUUUGUGGACGAGAGGAAAUUCUGGAGGAAAUCAGAGAUAGAAUGACGACAGUUCACGGUGGUCCAGACGAUAGCGAGUUGUCACAGAAGGAGAAUGGGAGUUUGGAGUCAGAUCAAAUCGAGGAAAUUGGUAAUGAUGACACCCUAGAGAAUAAUAUAGAAAAUGAACCUCAGAUUGACCAAGUUUCUGAAAAACAGGAUCCUUACUUUGAAGAAGUGAAGAGCAAAAUUGCUCUUUAUAAAGAAAGAGGUAUGAUCUAUGCCAAUGGUGACAUGGACCGGGAUGUUGAUGCCGACCCAGAAAAGAACAUGAAACUAGAAAUGAUAAAGAAAUGUGAGCUGAAAGAGUACUCACACCCUGUCAUUUUACAUGGAGAAUCUGGUUCCGGGAAAACAUCUAUCAUGGCAAAAGUUGCUAAGAUGUCAAAACAAUGGUUUCCAGGGAGUUCUGUGAUUGUCAGAUUUCUUGGGACCUCCGCCAAUUCCUCAUCAUUAAAAGAUGUCCUAUGUAGUGUUCUUAGACAAAUACUCAAAAUAAUAAACAAGACCUUACCAUCAUUUGUUGACCUUGGAGGAGAUUUUCUAUACCUUACUCAACUCUUUGAAUCAAUGCUCAACAACUAUGACACCUCACAAACAUUAGUAAUUGUUCUAGACUCAGUUGACCAGCUGAGAAACCAUGACCGUGCUCAUCUAAUGAAUUGGCUCCCACUAAAGCUUCCAACAAACAUUCAUUUAAUAGUAUCCAUGUUGCCAGAAACUAAUGGAUGUUUACAAAACAUUCGUAAUAGAUUAAUAAUAGAGCAGCAGUUUAUAGAAGUACCUGUACUUUCAAUGAAUACUUCAGAUGAGGUGAUAACGAAAAUUUGUCAGCUCAAGAAUCGAAGACUGACAAAACCUCAACGUCGACAGUUGAUGGAAUUUUUUGUAAAGUGUGCUAGACCACUAUAUGUGAAGCUCCUGGUAGACCGAGCUAUACUUUGGAGGUCAUCAACUGAUGUGAAGGAUUUUAAAGUUGGACCAAAUGUUCAGGCAGCCAUUGACAUGUUCUUUGAUUAUCUGGAAAAGAAAAAUGGUAUAGAAGUUGUAGAAAAAACUUUUGGCUUUCUGAGUGCAUCACGAGAGGGUUUGAGUCACACAGAACUGGAAGAUUUAUUGUCAUUGGAUGAUGAAACCCUACAGGACACAUACCUUUACCACUUACCACCAGACCCAGACAAUAUCAGGAUACCUCCUUCUGUUAUAUCUUUACUGAUGAAAGAUACUAAAGAUUACAUGGCAUUUCAAAAAUCUGGAGGGAAGAAAGUAGUUGGAUGGUACCAUAGGCAGUUCAUUGAGGUUGCCAGGAGACGUUACUUGACAGGUAAAGAAGGGAAAAAUAUGUGUCAGUUAUUAGUGGACUACUUCAGAGGAACAUGGUACAACAAACCUAAGCCAUUAGAAUUGUACAAAAAGAAAAAAGCUUCCUACCCAGAGUCAAAGAGAGGGGUACCUGAUCAACCAAUCUAUUUUAAUAGUGAAUGCUGCAAUGUUAGAAAGUUGAUUGAAUUACCUUACCAAAUGAUUAAAUGUCAUUUAUUUAAAGAUUUCCACGAUGAGAUAGCAUGUAACUUUGAAUGGCUGUAUGCCAAAUGUAAAUUUGUAUCAUUAUCAAGUGUUAUAGAAGAUUUGAAGAUGGCCCUGACUGAGAUGGAUGCCGCUGGUAAUAUUGAUGAUGUUGAAUCCUACAAUGAUAUAAAGAUUGUUAAGCAGAUGUUGUCAUUAGGCAGUGAUAGUAUCAGAAAAGACAGCUCCAAUUUGGCAUUACAGAUUUUAGGUCAGCUGGGUCUUGGCAAUACUGGUAGUGAGUUCAUGAAGAAACUUGUGACAGAAACUAAGGAAUGGUCAGAGACGUGUGAUAUAUCUCUGUUACUGCCAUUAUCCAAGUGUCUUCCUCCUCCUGAUGGCUAUAUCAAAACUAUGAUUGAUGCCCAAGUAUGGCAUACUGGAGGUGGAUAUGGUAGAGAUUUCAGUCGAGUGAUGCAUCUACAGGAACACAACAAUAUUCUGAUAGUAUUAGAGGCUGUAAAAGACCAUACUAAUGAUUAUCUCUCCGUCUUUGAUAUGAACGACAAUGGAUCAGCUGCAUUCUCAGAGAAAUUAGAUGUCAAAGGAACAUCAUCUGUUUACUGCCCUGUGAUGAAUGAUAAGUUCCUUGUACUUGGUCAUGAUAAAUCUGAGAACUCUUUUGGAGGAGGAGGAGCAAGAAGCCAUGAUCAGUUAGUGAAUAGCGAGACUUUCGCUGUGGUCAACAUUCCAAAUAGAUCAGAAUGUGUAGCUGUGUCAGAUAAAUAUAUUGUUUAUUCAAGCUUAACCCAGAUAAAUGUUUGUACCAUUGGACAAAACAUGACAGCAAUGUCAGUGACCAAGUCUGUUCAGUUGGAGUUUAAGCCAGAUUACCUAGUAAUCUCCCCUGAUCAUCAAUAUCUUGUUGUUUUCUCUGAAAAAUCUAUGUUGGUGUUGAAAAUGGAGACUUUAGAAACACUGCAAACUUCAGCAAUAGAAGGUUUUUCCUUUGGAUCAAGCAAACCUCCAUAUCAUGCAUUAGUUCAUAUUUUGACCACCAAUAAAAUGUUGUACAGAGGAUUGGGAUAUAAAGAGGGAAAAUUCAUAAACAUGUUGGAUCUGGCUACAGCAGAAAAGGACUAUUCUGUACAGCACUGGGAACAUUACUCACCAGAUAUUGUAUCGAUUCAUCCAUCAGAGAAAUACUUUGCUGUUGGCCUUGGAAGUACUGGGGUCACAAAUGGGGACAAUGAUAAGAGAUGGUAUAUACACAAGAUAGCAGACGGACAACAAGUGUCAGAAUGUACAAAAGAAUUCUGUGGUCGCUAUGGUGUCACAUGCUUGAAACUAUUUGGCACAGAUCAUAUCUUUGCUAUCACUGCCUUAGAAUAUACAACAAUCAAUGAGAUUUAUAUAUUUUAUGCUGGUACCUUAGACAAUCCAUUAUCAGAAGUGGUUCCCUGUCAGUCUUUGAAGGGUCACAGUAUGGAAAUCAUGCAGUUGAUUCUAAGUAAAGAUGAAAAUAUGUUGUAUUCAGCUUCACAAGAUUGUACCAUCAGAGUAUGGGAUGUUAGCAGAGUUGUUAAUGAGUUCUGUGAUACUUAUUUAAAGACUGGUAACCAGCUGGAUGCAGCAACUGCUACCGAAGACUUCAGGAAAGAUAUGAAAACUUACUCAACAACAGCUGUUAAAAUUAGCAGUGACAAUAGAUCAGUUUUGGUAGGACGGUCAGAUGGUCAGUUCAUAGUAAAGGACCUUAAUGAUGGGAAAACUGUGUAUGAACAGAAUUAUGAAAUAAUGAUCACUCACCUGCUCAUGUCAAAAAGUGGAGAAGAAAUUAUUAUAAUUACAAAAAUGGAUGAUAUCAUUAUACUUGAUUCUCAGUCAUAUGAAUUGAAACACAAACUGUCAAGUAAAAUGGCUGUGAACUGUGCAGCAGAAGCUAACAGCAUUUUAGUUGUUGGAAAAGGUGGAAUGGAGGCUAAAGGGAAAGCAUUUAACAUCAAAAAUGGUACUAUGGUAAAAGAGUUUGAACUUCUGUACUCACUGAGUCAGGUGGCCAUCAACUCCUCAGGUACUAAGAUAGUGAGUACAAUGUUUGAUUUCCCCUUGAUUGUACCUUUGAUUACUGAAGAUGAGACCGAUUCUGCAGUUGACAUGGAGAAUAUGAUGCAGAACAAUGACACAAUGAUGAGUGGUAGCUCCGCUGUAGACAUCAGCCCUGAUGACCAGUAUGCCUUCUCUGCAUCAACUGAUGGAGGAAUUAGAGUGGUCAAAAUGUCUGGACAGUAUUCCAUGAGAUUCGAUCAGAAGUCAUCUGCUGUCGCAGCUUCAUUUUCACCUGAUAGUAAAUGCAUUGUUUCGUGUGGGUUCAAAACAAUAUAUGUCUGGUCUUUAGCAGAUGGGACAUUGAGUUACAAAUUAAAAAAACAUGAUGAUUUUGUUAUCAGUUUGAAGUUUGAUCUGACAGGUAAGUAUCUUUUGACAUCUUCAAGAGACAAGAAAUUAGUCAUGUGGGACUUUAGACGGGGAAUCUCAUUGGCUACUUUUGUGGCUCAUUGUCAAUUGCCAUUGGUUGAUCUGUCAUCUGAUGCUAAACAUCUUGUGUUUGUUCCAGAAGAUAUUGCUGACAUUGCUAUUUUACGUUUGAAUAAAUUGUUAACAAGCAUCGUUGAUGGCACACAUAAAUUACAAAUUACACCUGCAUUACUAGGUGCUCAGGCCAUGGCUCUGUCAUUCUCAAGCCAGAAAAUGAAACGAAGGGAGACUACUGGCAUAGGUUGUCAAAUUAUGUGAUCUCAUUGUAAAGUCCACUUGUAUGUGGCGAUUGAACAAUUAUAUCCUCUGAAGAAUUUAUAUUUAUUGUUUACUAACCUAAAAACCUCACCUAUUGUUAUAGACAACUGUUUUUUCUAAAACAUUGUGUAAUAGAACAUGAUUUGAAUGACAAGUAAGUGCUCCUGCAGGUCCAAAACAAACUGUUAUGAGAUUUAUUACAAUUACACAAAAUUAUUAUAUGUAAUUGUUAAUGAAAAAAUAAAACAAAGUUAGAGUGGGUAGAGCAGAGAGCAGUUCUUAUCAUUUUGGUUUUAAAAUGUCGUUACAUAAUUUGAUAGGUCUUGCUUUUAAAUGGGAGGCCUUUGAAACUUUAUCUUGAGUGUCUACUGUGGAUUCGUUAUUGUUU